UCGCCGAUACUGUUUACGGAAGUUCUGUGGUCAGGAAAAGAAGGAGUCUGGAAGAAAUUGUGCCUUCAACGUGUUUUGGUAGUUUACGUUAGCUACUUUAUUUAUAUUUAAGUAAAUAACAUGUAGAGGACGUGAAUAUCCAGAGUUUAGUGAAAAGGAUGCAACAGGAAAUGAUUUCUUUGAGAUAUUUGCAUGAGAGCUGUUGGCAGUAGCUAGCAGAACCACUUUCUUUGAUUUACAGAUGAUGGUGGAAAACUCCCCCUCUCCUCUGCCUCAGAGAGCCAUCUAUGGCUUUGUGCUUUUCCUCAGCUCACAGUUUGGCUUCUUUCUGUAUUGCCUGUGGGCUUUCAUCCCUGAUGAGUGGCUUCAUUAUAUAGGACUGACGUACUGGCCUCAGAAAUAUUGGGCUCUAGCAGUGCCGAUCUAUCUGCUGGUUGCUUUGAUGAUCUCUGUGCUCCUGCUGUUCGGAGUCAACAUGAACAACACGGCUCCACUCGACUCCGUAGACAACAUCACAGAUGUGUUUUCCCGAGGCCAGAUGACAGAAAGCAGCAACCACAAGGGGCAAAUACCAAGACUGAGAGAUGUUCCCAUCAGCGAAGUCAACCGCAGGUUCUACUUGUCGCCCAAAUGAUGCCAAGCAGAGACGAAGAAGAAGUGAAGCUGCUGGGGAUUUACUGGGAGGGUUUACUCCAUGUUUAUAAAGGAAGAAUAAUGCUUUCAUUAUUUAUCCAGGAACAAUGCAAUGUGGCUCAAAGUUGCACUGAGUGGGCCAAGUUUUACUGACGCUAAAAAUUAUGUUUUAUUUUGUGAUGGAACACAUAUCAUCAUUGUCUGAGCAACUUGUCCAUUGGAUGAACAAAGGUAGCUUCUGGUUAUUUUCUAUUCAUGUGACUUUUUAUAUAUUGUAACAUUUUGUGCAAUAAUGAUAAACUAUAAUAUCGGAUAAA